CUUUAAAUAUCUCUCAUUUUCAAAUUAGCAAUGCAUCAACUUACGCUGCUCAACUCAAGGCAAUACCCAAUUCUUCUAAAGAGGAGGAAUUUCAGUUGGUACAAUGCCAAUGUUUUCUGCAUCAUCCUUAUUCUCUGCCUACGCCUCAUUGACAGCCUUAGUCACAUUAAUUCAGCAAUUCUACCAUCAGAUUGUCCCGAAACAGGUACGCAACUACAUUAGUCUUAAACUCGAGGAAUGGUUCACUAAAGCUAGCUCCGCCACUACACUAUUCACUCUAGUCAUCGAGCAAUUUGAAGACGGCGACUAUGACUCGUUCAAUCAAGUGUAUAGUGCUUGUGAGGCUUAUUUAGCUAGCAAGCUGAGGUCUACUUCGACACGUCUCAAGGUUAGUAGGCCUAGUAAGAAGGAUCAUGUAUCGUUUAAGUUAGCACAAGGUGAGAAGUUUUCUGAGGUUUUCGAGGGAAUUCAGCUAGAUUGGAGUUUUAUAUGUAACAAUGCUAAUAAUUACAGUAGUCAUUCUGAUGUUGAGGAUAGUAGGUCGAGUAAAUCACGUCUAGGAAACAACUUGUACUUUGAGCUUUGCUUUGAUCCUGAUAAUAAGGAUAAAGUUUUCGAUUCCUAUUUACCUUAUAUACUUAAAUUUUAUGAUGAUAUGGUGGAGAAAAAAAAGGAUUUGAAAUUAUACACACUUGAUUGUGGGGGGGGAAAAUCUGGUAGUUGGAGAUCAGUAAAGUUCAAACACCCCUUUACAUUUGAUGCUCUUGCUAUGGAACCGGAAGUGAAAAAGGCGGUAGUUGAUGAUUUGGAAAGGUUCUUAGGAAGAAGGGAGUUUUACAAAAAAGUUGGGAGGGCUUGGAAGAGAGGGUACUUGCUGUAUGGUCCUCCUGGAACAGGAAAGUCUAGUUUGAUAGCUGCUAUGGCCAAUCACCUCAAAUUCGACGUCUAUGAUCUGCAGCUUUCGUCUGUGCUUAAUGAUUCAGUGUUGAGAAGAUUGUUGCUUUCUACGUCGAAUAAGUCCAUACUUGUUAUUGAGGAUAUUGACUGCAGCUUGGGUCUGGCAGAUCGCCAAGUCCAUCUUGUUAAUGAAGGCAAGGACAAGUACGGAUAUGAUGUUGAUAUGGACUCACACUCACAGCAAUCACAGAUAUCAUUGUCAGGUUUGCUGAAUUUCAUUGAUGGUCUAUGGUCUAGUUGUGGGGAUGAACGAAUAUUUGUCUUCACGACGAACCAUAAGGAGAAGCUUGACCCUGCAUUAUUAAGGCCAGGACGGAUGGAUAUGCACAUUAACAUGUCCUACUUGACCAUGCCUGCUUUCAGGAUCCUCGCGCUUAAUUACAUCAAUAUAUCAGGGGAGCAUUAUCUUUUUAAGGAGAUUGAAGAACUCAUUGAAGCUACAAAAGUGAGCCCUGCUCAAGUUGCAGAGGAGCUCAUAAGGAGUGAUGAUCCUGAUAUCGCCCUUUCUAGUCUUAUCAAAAUGCUGAAAGAAGAAAAAAUGGAGCAAAGUCCGAAAGAAGUGAACUUUCCAAAGUUAAUGAAUGGAAAGGUUGGAAAUGGUCUAGGAAGUUAUAACAAUGGUGUACAUGAAUUUUCAGAUUAUUCUAGUGAUUAGGCUUAGAAUAAUAUGUAUUACUCUUAUCUGACAAGAAAUACGUUAGAAAUUAGAACAACUUUUCCCUUGCUCAUUUGUGCCAGCUUCUUGUGAACUUUUAAUGUUUGUUUGUUCUUCCACGAAAUAAGAGCAUACUUUUUUGUUCUCUUUUUA